UUUCUUAAACAUAUUUUGGGAGAAAAACUCCAAAACUCGUCACAAACCAAAAAAAAAAACCAUGCCCUCUGAAAAAAGGCAAACUAAUUCCUUUCAAGAAAAUGAAAGAAUGCUUUUGAGCUAUUUUAAUUCGGAAAAUACAUUUCUUACUGAUUUAAAGAAGCAUUGUUGUGAAACAUCGAAAGCUAAGGACUUUUACUUCCAUGUCCUAGCAAAAGUGAAAGAAGCAGUGAUAACAAAUAAAGUAGAUCAUUUUGAAAGACUUUGUGAUGUUGUUGAAUACACGAAUAAUGAGAAUAUCACAAAAAAAGAAUUUCUCAAUGAUGAGGAAAAUCCUUUCUUUGAUACUAAUUUAAUUAUAUUAAGUUGCAAGCACAAUAGUCCUAGUGUUCUAAAAUAUUUGUUUCAAAGCAAUUGCAAAGUCUUGGGUAUUUUGGCCCCGGAGACUUCCGCAAUCGAUGCGUAUCAUCCAGAUCUUGUGGAUUCAGAACAACAAAAUGCUUUUUACUAUGCCAUCCGAUCAGAUAGCAUAGAUGUCCUUUCAAUACUUAUUCACGAAUGGCCUGAAAUGAACUUCACCUCUAACCCUCGAAAACUAGAAGAACUUCUUUCCGCGGCCUACGACGAGCUAAAAUUGAAAAGGGUGCCCCUUUCUGAUGAGAUGGAAACAUUUGUAGAAAGUAAAUUAAUAGACCUCAAGUUUUGGUCUGAAAAUUCUUUAUCAGUUAAAGAUACUGAAAGUGAUACCAACAAUAUCAUUUCACGGAUUAAAUUAACGAUUGAAAAAAUUGAAUUUAUGAAAAAUGAGUACUCUCGUGCAGAUGUAGAUGACGUAUUUUUACUCACUGGGAAGUUCAUUCUGCAGAAUAUGCAUGUGCUUAAGCGACAACUGAGAUCAACUUACAAUAAGCUACCGUGGGAGGAGGUUGAAUUCUGUUUAGUGAGCUUUAUUUCUUCUCGAAUUAAGUAUCAUGAAAUGAAUCUAUUGACAGUCCUUUCCUUGAAUAAAGAAUCAAUAAUCAACUACCUGGAAAGAGGUGUGUGA